AUGGCCUGCUGUCAAACUAGCUUCUGUGGAUUUCCCAGCUGCUCCUGUGGGACCUGUGGCUCCAGCUGCUGCCAGCCAACCUGCUGCCAGACCAGCUGUUGCCAGCCGACCUGCUGCCAGACCAGCUGCUGUGGGACCGGCUGUGGCACUGGCGGUGGCCAGGAUUGUGGCUGUGGAGGUGUGAGCUGCCGCACCAGGUGGUGCCGCCCUGACUGCCGCGUGGAGGACACCUGCCUGCCCCCCUGCUGCGUGGUGAGCUGCACGCCCCCAACCUGCUGCCAGCUGCACCAUGCCCAGGCCGCCUGCUGCCGCCCAUCCUACUGUGGACAGUCCUGCUGCCGCCCAGCCUGCUGCUGCUACUGCUGCGAGCCCACCUGCUGA